AUGGAGCAAAAGAAGAAAGUCUGGCCUAAUUUCCGUGAGAGAGCCAAACCCAAGUUAAUUCUGAAGAUCGGAAAGAAGGGUCUGGGGAAGAAGAAAAAGACCCCUCUGAAAUACAGGAGGAGUAUGUCAGUACCAGACCUCAGGAUUAAUCCCAGUGCCAUGCUGGAUUUGCAGGAUGAUUCCAGGACGCCAGGUCAAGACUCCGUCUUCUUUGAGGGUUCAUGUGACUUGGAUGAAACAGCAAGUGUAUCCUCCAGUACUGCCUUAUCUGAGCAGUUAAGUGUCGCUGACAUGCCAUACUCCUGCAGCCCCGCGCCAUCAGUGAGAUCAGUGCCCGUUGACUUUCCAGUUUUAUUGGAAACUGAUAAGCGGCAAAGAGCCACGACGUGGUACUUUGAUGAUUUAGAUGGAGUGGCUGUACCUGUAUAUCCAGCUACAGAAAGACAGAUGGCACCUGAAAAAAAAUCGCCUGGUCAGAGAGCAAAAGAUCCCACAGACAGAGUGGCUGCAGCCCUUAGUAGAGCUGGUGCAGGUCAGACACCUCCUGCACCAGCUUCAUAUGAAACCACCGCAGAGUCAAUCAGCAGUACUCCACCUGAGGAGAAAUAUCUAACUAAUCACCAGCCAUCCUCUCCAGUGGAAAUGUUCAUUGCAGGGUCAGCUGAGGACAUGGACAUUCCCAAUGAAAGCAGUGACUUUGAUACACUGGAACAAGAACGCAACUUCCCAGCAGGAUUAAAUGACAGCCAGAGUGCUUCAGCACAGCAGAAGGUCCAGUAUCUCCUCACCAUCAACCUAAAGGAAGGCAAAAACCUGGUUAUCAGGGACCGCUCAGGUACAAGCGACCCGUUCGUCAAAUUCAAAUUAGAUGGCAAAAACAUCUACAAAAGCAAAGUUGUGAACAAGAACCUGAAUCCCAUCUGGAACGAAUCAUUUUCCUUUCCCGUCCGAGACCUCGAUCAGACUCUUCACCUGAAGGUAUAUGAUCGUGACCUCCGAUCCAAUGACUUCAUGGGAUCAAGCAGCUUUCCUCUCUAUAAACUGGAGUUGGACAGAAUAAUUCCAGUGACACUAGCUUUGGAGGACCCUAACAGUGCAGAGGAUGAUAUGGGAGUGAUCAUUCUAGAGGCCUGCCUGUCCAUCCGAGAGGAACCUGCCAAACGAAAUAAGUGGCUACUAAGAAGAAAGGGAAGCUUUAAUAAGGGACAGCCGAUAACCCAGGCGCAGGUUAUGAAGCUCAUGUGUGAACAGAGGAAUCAGGUUUGGACGGGAAUUUACACUGUCAUCCUGGUGGAAGGCCAAGAGAUGCCCGACUGCGGUCAGGGAGACGUCUACGUACGCUUCAGAGUGGGUGACCAGAGGGUCCGGAGCAAGAAUCUGUGUAUUAAAGCAAACCCGCAGUGGAGAGAGUCCUUCGAAUUUAACCAGUUCCAGGACGCUCAGGAGAAUCUGGCGGUGGAGGUUUGUUGCAAGAGGGGUAGGAAGUCAGAGGAGUGCUGGGGAGUGUUAGAUAUUGACCUGAGCAGACUUUCUGUCAAUCAGAGGCAGUUAUACACUCAUGAGCUGGACCCAAACAAGGGCCGACUGGUGUUUUUGGUCACACUGACUCCGUGUUCUGGUGCGUCCAUCUCAGACAUUCAAUCAGCUCCAUUAGAUAACCCCACAACCUUUGAGAAGAUGCGGGAGAAAUAUCGAACGCUGAACUGUCUGCGGGACAUGAAGGAUGUUGGCUAUCUUCAAAUCAAGUUAAUAAAAGCCACAGAUCUUCCAUCGACAGAUUUAAGUGGUAAAAGUGACCCUUUUUGUACCCUUGAGCUUGGUAAUAGCAAACUGCAAACUCAAACCAUACCCAAAACCUUGAAUCCUGAAUGGAGGACAGCCCUAACAUUUCCCAUUAGGGACAUCCAUGAUGUUCUGGUGCUCACAGUCUAUCACGAUGAUGGGGACAAAGCUCCAGACGUCCUGGGAAAAACGGCCAUUCCACUGUUGACUAUUUCUAAUGGGCAACAAAUAACCAGAACGCUGAAGAAUAAUAAUCUAUCAAGGACGAGCAAAGGAAGCAUCACACUGGAGUUGAAUGUUCUCUACAACCCUAUCAGAGCAGGUGUGAAAACCUUCCAGCCGAAGGAAAAAAAGUUUGCAGAGGACAACCCAAAGUUUAACAAAAAGCUUUUAGCACGUAAUAUCUAUCGAGUGAGGAAGAUCAGCAUGGCCAUUCUUUAUACGCUGCAGUAUAUUAAAAGCUGCUUCCACUGGGAGAACACGCAAAGGAGUAUUACAGCCUUCCUGAUAUUUGUGGUGACAGUGUGGCUUUGGGAGCUGUUCAUGUUGCCUCUCUUCCUCCUCCUGCUCAUUGGCUGGAACUACUUCCACAUCACACCAGGCAUGGCCAGCUACAGUCAGGACUUGGAGAACAUGUCCGCGGCUGAGGACGAGGACGAGGAUGAAAAGGAAUCAGAGAAAAAAGGACUGAUGGAAAAAAUCCACAUGGUUCAAGAAAUUGUGCUUACAGUUCAGAACACUUUAGAUGAAGUGGCUUGCAUUGGGGAAAGAGUGAAAAACACAUUCAACUGGUCAGUACCGUUCUUGUCGUUCCUGGCCUGCCUGGUUUUGUUUCUGACCACUGCCGCCUUGUACUACAUCCCACUGCGGUACAUAGUUUUAGUGUGGGGUGUUAACAAAUUUACCAAGAAGCUUUUCAACCCAUAUGCCGUUGACAAUAAUGAAAUACUGGAUUUCCUCAAGAGGGUGCCUUCUGAUGUUCAAAAGGUGCAGUACAGCGAGCCGAGAGCUGAGCUCGGCAACCAGGGCCCAGCGAAGAAGAAACGCUUGCGCUGAAACCCGAACGGACGUGUCGGAUGAAAGGGACGGACUCCGUUUCAAGACACGGUCUGUUUAAGUCAUAAUGCCCCAUGUGAGUGGAGGAGGAGCCCCCUUGUGCCAAACCAUCCCUAUUUCCACUGAGGUGUAUUCAUGGGUUGUGUGAUAUGGUGUGUGUGUGUGUGUGUGUGUGUGAGAAAGAGGCCCCUCCUGACGGGGCCUUUGGCCCGCGUGAACUCACAUGGUCACAGUGUCUGAGCAUACGAAGGUAAAGACAGGCUUCACCAGCCUCUGCAUGUGUUCACGCUGAAAUACAAUGAAAUGCAACACAGCCUUUUUAUAUAUGAAUGUCUUUUCUGGUUCAUUUAACAAACUAAAUGUACGUGCUUCCUGUUGCUUGUGUUUACAGCAAGGAAUAUUUAAACGAGGGCAAAACAUAUUUAUGAUAUACUUGUUUAAACAGUUUUAAAUGCCAUUGAACAUGUUUAUCCCUGCAAAUGCAGCCUACGGUUCAAAAUCGUUAUUUUAUAACACAUGCUGUUCGUCUAUUCUAUGAAUCUUCCCUGUUUUGUACAUUUAUGCAGAAGAUAAACAUGACUUAAAAAGUUUGACAUCUUAAAUGUGUUUUUCUUCUCUCGUAUCCUUAACUCUGUGUUAUUUGUGAAAGCUACACACAGAAUCAUUACCCAGCCCACACUUCAGAAGAGGAUGCUGGUCACUGUUGGAGGAAAACAUCAAAGUCUCUGUGUGUCCAGAGCAGUCAGCUAAUGCACCGCUUUUGUAGUUCGCUGACAAUAACAAGGUCCAGAUGAGAGAGCUCAUAGAUGGAGAGAGAGAGAGAGAGAGAGAGUAUAUACACUCCAUAACCCGCACUUAGCGUCUCCCAUUUUCAUUAAAAUCACCUCCAGUGCCUAAUGGCUCUCUACUAGACCCAUCACUCUGUAGUGUUAGCACCAGUGAUGGGGCUUCAAGUAGAGCAAAUGGAGAUUUCCUGCCUCAUCAACUUAUUUAUUCAUAUUACAGACAUAUUCCAGCCUCUCCGCUAUCAGAGAGUCAUUUUUAUAGAAAGCAACAUUUCCAAAGUGGUGCAUCUUGAAUGCUGGCAUUUCGGAGCGUCGAUUUGAAAUUAAUAUUAAGGGAUUAUUAA